CUACGUGACGUCAGUUCAGCUGUCGUAUAAGUUAUUUCCCGUUUUCUUUCUUAUCUCUUGUUUUUAUAAAUUGCUCUCAGGCCGCAAUUAACCAUAAGUCAGCAAUGUUACGAUAAGCGAUCGCAGUGUUAUUAUUGUGUAGUCAGUGUUUUUUGUCGGGAAUAUCGCUUCAGACCGCUUUCGGUGCAAACAUGGUUACCUGUUCCAAUACUUUCGUAUUGGUUUUAUUUUCUGUAUUGAUCAGUGAAUGUGUGCCGCGUUCUAUAGAAGAAGAUGAAUCAUUUCUAAGUGUACCGAAAUAUACAAAGUAUGAUGAUUUAGUGAAAUUGUUCGCGGACCUAGAAAAAACGCACCCGGAUCUCGCCAAAGUUUAUUCUAUCGGGAAAUCUGUAGAAGGACGUGAAUUGUUGGUUAUCCAGAUAUCUGAGGAUGUGAAGAAGCCGCACGCUGGCCGGCCAGCGUUCAAGUAUGUGGCGAACAUGCACGGCGAUGAGGCAGUCGGCCGGGAGCUGAUGGUGCUCAUGGCAAAGUACCUGAUCCUGAACUACGGCAAGAAUGAUAGGGUCACGAAGCUGGUGAACAACACGGAGAUCCAUCUGAUGCCGUCGCUGAACCCUGAUGGAUUUGAGAGCAGUGUUGAAGGCACCUGCGACUCCAACGGCCUCGGCCGCCACAACGCCCGCGACGUCGAUCUCAACCGCGACUUUCCCGACCAAUUCGAUCGCCACCGUUCCGACGAUGAGGCUUAUCUUUUCGGGAAUCGACAGCCUGAGACAGUUGCGCUCAUGAAAUGGGUCAUGGGGAAGCAGUUUGUGCUGUCCGGCAAUCUGCACGGAGGAACGGUGGUCGCUAGUUAUCCUUAUGAUGAUUUAAGGUCUGGCAAAGACUGUUGCGAGGAAAGCCAGUCGCCAGACGAUGCGCUUUUCAAGCAUCUUGCUUUAGUAUACGCGUCCAAAAACGAGGUGAUGCACCAAGGCGACACGUGCCCGCCUGAGAAAUUCAAGGAUGGCAUCACUAAUGGUGCCGAUUGGUAUUCUGUUAAAGGUGGCAUGCAAGAUUUCAACUAUCUCCACUCCAACUGUUUCGAAGUGACCUUUGAGCUCUCAUGCUGCAAAUACCCCGUUGCCGCUGAACUGCCUCGCUUCUGGAGGUUGAACAAAGAUGCCAUGCUAACUUUCAUUGAACAGACUCACAUAGGAGUCAAGGGUUUCGUGGUGGAUGAAGAUGGUGAACCUAUUAAGAACGCAUUCAUCAAAGUGGAAGGCCUGCCCCACUUCGUGAAGACGACGGAACAGGGAGAAUUCUGGAGAUUAUUGCUACCGGGACAAUACAACAUCACCGCUUUGGCUCAAGGCUUCGAAUCCCCAACCCCGACCACCGUAACAGUGCCCAGUAACCAAACCGAAGCCGUGCCGCUGAAGCUGGUGGUCCGCCGCCGCGCCGUCGGGAGAAUAAAGUUAGAAAACAUAGAAGUCCCUGAAGUAGUCAUCACUGAAGAAAAACCGGAGCAAAACCAACACCGUCGUGACGUGCCCAAUCUCCCUGCAGCCGAUUUCACCCACCACGACUACCUGAAGAUGGAGAGCUUCCUCAAGGACCUCGCGGCUUUGUAUCCGAAGAUCACCAAGCUCAGCAGUAUUGGGAAGAGUGUGGAAGGGAGAGAGCUGUAUGUGCUGGAAGUGACAAGAGACCCUGGGAGACAUAUUCCUGGCAAACCCGAAUUCAAAUACGUAGCCAACAUGCACGGAAACGAAGUGGUCGGUCGCGAGCUUCUACUACUGUUGGCCAAAUAUCUGUGCCAGGAAUACACCAACAGCAACGAGCGCAUACAGAAGAUGCUGAACAACACCAGGAUACAUCUCAUGCCGAGCAUGAACCCGGACGGAUAUGAGAAGAGCACCGUAGGUGACUACAAAAGCACGCACGGUCGCGAGAACGCACACAAUGUCGAUCUGAACAGGAAUUUCCCAGAUCAGUUUGGUGAAACCCCGGAUAACCAAGUAGCAGAGCCAGAGACCAAAGCAGUAAUGGACUGGUCUCUCUCCAUCCCAUUCGUAUUAUCAGCAAACCUACACGGAGGUUCCUUGGUCGCCAACUAUCCCUACGACGGCAACCCAGCCAUGCACAGCGGAGACGAAUAUCUGGCACCUGAUCACGAUCUGUUUGUACAUCUAGCGCAUACUUAUUCUGACACUCAUAUGAAAAUGCAUUUGGGAAAACCCUGCAGGAGCUACCCUGAACGGUUCCCCGAGGGCAUCACCAAUGGCGCCAAAUGGUACGUGCUAGCCGGCGGUAUGCAAGACUGGAACUACCUACACACCAACGACAUGGAAAUCACACUGGAACUCGGCUGUUUCAAGUUUCCCCCUGCUUCCGACUUGCCUACCUACUGGGCGGACAAUCGGGAGGCAUUACUGACGUACAUUGAGGAGGUUCACAAGGGCGUCCAAGGCUUCGUCCACAGUCAUAUAGGCGGGAAUCUCUCUAACGCGACCGUGUCGGUGUCCGGGAUCCGGCACAACGUGCGCACGGCGCGCGACGGCGACUACUGGCGGCUGCUCGUGCCCGGCCGGUACAACGUCACCGCUAGCAAGCAUGGCUACGAGAGCGUAACAGAAGAAGUGGUAGUACCAGAAUCCGGCUCCGUCAGCGUCAACUUCACUCUGAUGCCCGACGACCCGCAACACUGGUCCUCGGCCUACGACUUCCGCGUGCUAGACAAUAUAAUGCACACGCGUUACCACUCCACCCUCGAGCUAUACGCCGAGCUGGCCGAGCUGGAGAACAAGUUCCCGGCCAUUGCGGAGUUCCGCUCCGGGGACAGCCUGCUCACCGCCUCGCUGCACCAGCUCAAGAUGACCGACAGCGUCGGCUCCCCCGAAGAAACCAAACUCCAUAUGGCCCUAAUCAGCAACCUUUACGCCUCCCACGCCGUCGGACAAGAAAUGCUGCUCAACUUCGCCCGCCACAUAGCAACAGCGUAUUCCCUCGACGAACCGAGACAUAAACGGCUGCUCGAGAACGCUGUGCUGCACUUUAUACCUAACCUAGACCCGUUGUAUGAAAAGAUUCUGCGCCAAUUUAGCGGUGAACAAUGCCAGUUAUCGCCGCUAGAAGAAGAGUUCGGCGAUAGUCUGUACCACUACAUCACCAAAACUAACCUGAGUCCAUUAACGAACUAUACACGAGAGAAGGCCUUCGUAGAACUCCUCAAGGCUGAGAAAUAUGACAUCGUGUUGCAUCUGUCUUCAGGCACGGAAGACGUAGCAUACCCAGACCUGUCACGCCAUCUCUUCGAGCAGUUCGCACAAAAGUACCAGAACAACAGAACACCCAUGGACAAAUACCAGUGCCGCAGCGCCCCCUCCAACCACGGGAACUUACUCGAUGUGCUGUGCGAGAGGUACAAUACGCCGGUGGUAUCCCUGGGAGUGAGCUGCUGCAAGAUGCCGAGCGAAAGCGAUAUAGCUUACGUUUGGAAAAGCAACCUGCGCGGCAUCAUGAAAUUCGUCGAGUUAGCUAACACUGGUAUCCAGGGGUAUAUAAAGAGUGAAUCCGGCGGGCCGGUCCGCGAUGCCACCAUCGUCUUAAGAGACUUCUCACGUCCGUACCGGGCCAGCCGCAACGCCGCGCACUACCGGGCCUCCCUGCCACCGGGCACAUACCAGGCCGUUGUGUCCGCUAAGGGAUACGUGGACCAGGCACUGACAUGGCGAAUCAUAGAAGGGGAAGUGAAACAGAAAGACAUCAUACUGCGCCGUACCAACACCGAGCUACCGGGAGGCACUUUCGACGACAAGGACUUGUACAAUGACCCCAACAUGGUCUAUAUUUCAGGUCUAGCCAUCGACCACAACAGCGUACCGCUAAACACAGCUACGCUACUAGUUUACCCGCUCGGCUCCAAAAAGCUGGUCGACCCCGUGGCUACCAACACUAGUGACGCCAACGGCCGAUUCGUAGUCAGUCUACCGGUGACGUACAUGGGAAGAGAAGUGCUUAUGACUGCCGAGAAGGAAGGAUAUAUCUCUAGACAGAGACACAUUAUGGUAAACAAGAAUGAGAACAUGACCCCCGAAGUGCUUUUCAAACUGGAAUCCGAUGACAAAGUCCUCGGCAUGUCCCGCCUCGUGUUCGUCAUGGUUGCCGGCGUAGUGGGCGUGGCGCUGGUGACGCUGGCCGCGUGGUGCUUCAGCUGCCGGCGCACGCGCGACGCGCGCCACGACUACAUGUUCACGCAGCUGGCCAGCGACGAGAAGCGGCCCUUCACCGACGACGGGAAAUAUGAAAUAGUGUCCAAGCCGUACUACGACGUGGAAGAGUUACCGCCUUCCGAGACAGAUUCCGAAGAGGAAAUCGUGUUGCUGCGGAAUGAUCGCGACUGGAAACCUGUAGAGAACCUCAUCGACUAAGGAAAAGCUGUCUUAUUAGUAGGGAUUAGAGCUACGUCGAAUAAUACAAGUAACAUAAGAUAUUUUGCUUCCAAGUUUAAAUGAAGAAACCUCAUUAACUAAGGAAAUAGUGCCUUGUUAGCAGGGGUUAGGGUCCAUUUUAGAUCGUAUCAUGUUACAUAAGACAUUUCAAGCCCGUACUCCUCAUCUACUAAGGAAAUGGUGUCUUGAUACUGCGGGAUAGGGUCCAUUUUACAUCGUAUGUUGUAACAUAAGACAUUAGAAACCCGUACAGAAUCACAUCUACUAAGGAAAUAGUGUCUUGUUAGCAGGAGUUAGGGUCCAUUUUACAUCGUAUUAUUCAUGUUACAUAAGACAUUACAAACCUGUCAUCGACUAAGCAAAUUAUGUGUUUUGUUAGUAGGGAUUAGGGCCCAAUUUUCGUCGAUACAAGUAACGUGAUACAAAUUUCAGCAGCUAAAAAUAUCGUGUCGUGUUACCAGGGAUUAGAGUUCCUUUAACAUUGGAUGUAACAUAAUACCUUUUGGGUUUAAGGUAGGUAACCUCAUUAACUCAGGAAAUAGUGCCUUGUUAGCAGGGAUUAGGGUCCAUUUUACAUCAUGUAAUACAAUCUCAUCAACUAAAAUAGUGCUAUGUUAGCAAGACUAAAUUAGGGUUACAUAUGUUAGGGUUCAAAUGUCUGGUAUAUUAGAGGUGUGUUCUAUGGAGCAUACUUUUUAUAACGACAUCGUAAUUGUUCCCUUAGUAAAUCUUGUUUAUUGUGAUCUACAUAUUUUAACAAUAUUUUACAUCGAAUAUUACUUUUAUUUAACUCGUAAGACAAGAUCUCUGCUCCUAUUGGCUCAAAACAUACGAUUAGCCAAGUAAAAUACUACCCAAUUAGUAGUUAUUAAGGUCCAUUUUACAUCACAUGCUAAUCUACAUGUAAUAUAUGGCAAGAAAUAGGAAACCGGGUAUAGAAAAUGUAUCCGUAUUGUAAUGAACAUAAAGUUUAAGAUUUCAUUUAACUACUGUCUCUUUCCGAAUGUAGUAUAUGAAAGUCGUCGAUAAGCCUGACUAGGCAAUGUGAAUAAUAGUUUAAUUAAUUUUAAAUAUAGUUCUAAUUAAUUAUUUAUCUCAUUUUAAAAUAUGUAUACUUAAAGAUCUCUAUUUAUUUCCAUUACUGUCGAUUUACGUAGCAGUAUUAAGACUAAUAAGAUUUAAAAUUUUAUAAAUUUUUGAUGAGUUUGUAUUUAUGUGGAAAUCGGUAUUUUUAUUAAAAGAUUUAUUAUUGUUCGUAUUUAUUAUUUGAUAUGUUCUAUUUAAUAUAAAACUAACUUUUAUUCCAAAUCUAAUGCAUUUUAUAUUGUAAAUUAAAAUGAUAUAACACGAAUUUAUUAAAUGACAUUAAUUUUACAAAUUAUUUGACUAUUCUGUCAUUUUGCCUUAAUACUUUCUAUGUACCUAUACAUUCUAUUGCGCAUUUAUUUUAACAACUUUAGCGAGAAAUAUUGUUCCUCAUUUAAGUAUAUUGUUUAAAAUAUUAUAAAGUGUAUAGUUUUGUUAUAACGAAUUACGUAGGGAUAAAUCAAAAUACCUACAUGCAGGAAAUUCAUAUCCUAAUUUGAUAUUAUGAUUUCAUGUCAUGAUGUGUCUUAAAAUGAAGUUCGAUCAUAAUAUUUGUAAAUCAUUUUGAUUCACCGUCUAUUUUAAAUAAUUAUACAUUCGCAUCAUUAUAUUUAAAUGUCUUUCCAUGGAUUUAUACUUGCUAUUACAAGAAUUAAUCAGUGACUCAAUUACUAAGUUAUUAUAAUUACGAAUUUACUGAAGAAUCUCCAAGUUUAUAUAUAUUGUAUUUAAAAAAAAUGUUGUUAAUCGGUAAAGUAGCCUUGAUGUGGAGACUAAAGAAAAUAAUAAAAUAAUAACUUAUAGUAUUUUGUUUUAUGAAAAAUCUAAUUAUAUUUUUUGGUGCUGUAUA